AUGGACAGAUUACAUGCCCUCGAAGCUGCGCUCGACAGGAUUGUGCUAGACCCUAAGUACCAUGAUAUCCUCACACUGGUAAAAGGUGUAAGGAAUGGCAUCGUAUACGGAAGUAAAGUGCGCUUUCCGCAUGCGCUGGUAAUGAUAUUCCUCUUCAGAUCUGGAAGCUUCCGGUCGAAAGCCUUGCUCGUCUACAAAGCGACCCGCCAACACGCCCGUAACCUCGGCCUCUUCGCCCUCGUCUACAAAUCCUGCAUGAUCUUCCUCCGACACGCGUCCCCGACCGGUAAAGAGCGACACUACGAUUCCUUCCUCGCCGGCCUUCUAGGCGGCUACACCGUCUUCGGUCGCACAAUUCACAAUUCCGUCUCUCAGCAAAUCGUCAUAUACGUAGCUGCACGCGUGUUGUUAGCGUUGGCAAAGCUGGCAGUACAACCACGUCAGGUCGGAGGCGGAGCUAGUGGACAAGGAGUUCAAGGUGGUGGUGGUGGAUGGGAGCUGUUCGGUAACGGCGAGAUGAGGAGAACGAUGGCGAAGAACGGAUGGCCGGUGUUUGCCAGUCUGAGUUGGGCGAUGGUUAUGUAUAUUUUCAGGUGGCAUCCUGAGGCUGUGCAGAGCAGUUUGAGGAGCAGUAUGAGUUAUAUUUACGUUCAGUCGGACGACUGGAAUUCCUUACGGACAUUACUUUGGCAUAACAAAUGA